UGCAAGGUGCAUAGCACCUGUGAAAAUUAGGGUACAGUUUGCAGUGCCUAAAUGUGGAUUUAGAUAUGUUUAACUUUAAGCAACUGAGUCAGAGAAUUGUGGACACUUUUACCAUACUAAGUGCACUGAGUCCCUGGCUGAGAUUAGAAUAGUAAAUGCAUAUAUUUCUUUAGAGCAGACCUGUUUAUUGGCAAUCUGUUUCUUCUCCAUGCAGUACACAAUGGCCCUGGGUAAGAUGAAAGAUCUGAGCCUAGAGAGCUCCAUGACACGCUCUGAAACAGAUGAAGUGGGUGGAGUUCUCCUUCCAAAAAGAGUGUAUGACAGGUGGGAUCAAAUUUGGAACUUCAGAGCCAGACCUGAUGAUUUGCUCAUCGCAACCUAUGCAAAAGCAGGUACAACAUGGAUACAGGAGAUUGUGGAUAUGAUCCAACAUGAUGGAGACAUUGAGAAGUGCAAACGUGCCACCACUUAUCUGCGACACCCUUUCAUUGAGUGGGUUCUGCCUGGACCUUUCAGCUCUGAUACAAAUGGCCUGGAACUAGCUGAAGCGAUGCCCUCCCCACGAACACUGAAAACUCAUCUCCCUGUACAACUGGUGCCUCCAUCCUUUUGGGAGCAAGAGUGUAAGAUAAUCUAUGUGGCAAGAAAUGCCAAAGACAACCUGGUGUCCUACUACCAUUUUCACAGAAUGAAUAAAAAUAUGCCUGCGCCAGGAACCUGGGAGGAGUUUUUGGAGAAAUUCAUGGCUGGACAAGUGCUUUGGGGUUGCUGGUAUGAUCAUGUAAAAGGAUGGUGGGAUGCAAAAGAAAACCACUGUAUUCUCUACCUCUUCUAUGAAGACCUAAAGGAGGAUCCAAAGCGUGAAAUCCAAAAGGUGUUACAGUUCCUGGAGAAGGACUUGGAGAAUGAGGUUAUAGAUAAAAUCAUCCACCACACAACAUUUGAGAUAAUGAAGGACAACCCCAUGGCAAACUACACUUUUCAGCCUCCUGCAGUAAUGGACCACUCAAUCUCACCAUUCAUGAGAAAAGGUGCUUGUAGCAGUGUGGCCAUUUACAGAGUGCCCUCUUGUGGCAAGGGAAUGCUUUGCAGGUACCCUGCCCUUUUAAUCCCCCUCUGGCAGGACCCUUAA